UGUGUUAACCAAACCACUGAUGAAAACAAAAAGAGAUCAACACAAUCAUGUAAUUAAUUAAAGUUUAUUAACGAAUCAGAGCUUAAUCAAGAAGUCUAAUUGUAAAUCAAACAAGUUAAUUGCAAUUAAAAGUUAAAAAUGAUCAAACCAUCAGAAUCAAUUUUCCUAAUAAUUAAUGGAUUCCUAAUCAUUGGCUUGGUAACUUCAUUAACCAUAAGGGAUUUAAGGCCUUGUCCAAACACAGCUGCUCCAUUGUUAAAUUCAGUUGUCGCAAUUAACUGUACAGAGGAACCAUGUUUCUUUGGCAAAGUUAAUGGUCUCUCAUUUCAAUUCAUUCUAACACCAGACAAAUCGGUAUCAGCGGUGAAUCUGCAGUUAACUGCCGUCGAUGGUUAUGGAAACAACUACGACAUCGAUACUGUCCAACGAACUACUUGUGCCGAUAACAGUAAUUACUGUGAAUUAGAGGCCAAUGUCCCUCGAUGUUUUUCCGCUGGUGUCCGUCGUCGUUAUCUACCUGAUGAUGAUCGUACCGAUUACUUUACCUUUCAAGCUCGAUUUACCGAUUCAAGGGGCUACUGUGUGGCCUGUAGCCGCUUCCUUUUAAACACUUACAUCAGAUACACCAGAGAAACAUAUGAUUACACAACGACCACACCUCGACCUUACAUCAACAAUCAACAAGGAAACAUUUAUGGGACAACAUCCCGACCGAUCUACACGACCGCUAAACCCUAUCAGCCCCAGUCCACUUAUAUUGGCCUAGAAAACGCCCGACCGAUUGGUUCAUCUUUCACAUUUGAUAAAAAUAUCAUCGAUAAUUAAUUGGCUGAUUAUCAACAAUCAAUUUCAACAAAUUGCGAAACAGUUUUCCCUCUUACUCCUUUAAUUUGUCAAUCAAAAUUAAACCUUCUUAACUUGAUAAUCCUGAUGAUCGAUUAUCCUUGAAUCAAAUUAUCAUCAAUUAUUAUUAUUAUUUAAUCAGUUAAUUGCCUCUGACCAUUAUGAGUACAGUUAAACUGAGAAUUAAGUUUCAAUUUAAGUGUCUAUGAUAAUCGUUACAAUUAAUAAUCUAUUAAUACAUGUAAUUCAAUUUUCUAGAAUAAAAGUAAAACUUGACCAAUCAAAUUAACGAAAAGUAUAUUAACCU